CGGUGUCUCUUGUAUUGCACUCUGCACCUUCUUCCCCAAAGACUGACCUUUUUGCCUCUUCAGGGAAGAUUUACGCUCUAAUGGAGGGCUGCACCACCAGCGGACUGUGGCUGUUCAUCUUGUUACUAGGAUGUGGGCGACUCUCUGCAUUCAAUUUGGACACAGAAAAAGUCCUGCAGAGAAAUGGAGACCCGGGGAGCCUGUUUGGCUUUUCUCUCGCACUGCACCAACAAGUUAGGCCAGAGGACAAGAGAAUACUACUGGUUGGAGCGCCACAAGCCAAAGCGAUGAAUAAGCAGAAAUCUAAAGUGACAGGAGGAGUCUACAAGUGUGAAAUCAGCCCCAACCCCAGUGAUUGCCAAAGAAUUUUGUUUGAUAACGAUGAAAAUUUAUCAAUCGAAAAAAAAGAAAAUCAGUGGAUGGGGGUGUCGGUCAACAGUCAAGGGCCAGGAGGCAAAAUUAUAACAUGUGCCCAUCGGUACCAGGAGUUCAAAUCUCAAACCCGUAACAUCCUCGGCCGCUGCUAUGUGCUAAGCCAAGACGCAACUCUUAAAGCAUCAAUGGAAGAUGGAGUGGAAGAUGGAGGUAACUGGCAUUUUUGUAAAGGUCGGAACCCGGGCCAUCAGCUGUUUGGCUCCUGCCAGCAGGGCGUCUCUGUUGCAUUCGACAUGGAGUACCGCUAUUUCAUCUUUGGAGCACCAGGAGCUUAUGACUGGAAAGGCUUGGUGCACAUGGAGCAAAGGAACGACACUCUUUAUGACCUGGGUUUAUAUGAUGAGGUGACGUUGGAAACGGGAGGUGAGAAGGAGAAAAAUCCGGAAAAGGUUCCUACUCCUGACAACAGCUACUUGGGUUUCUCCAUGGCCGUUGGACAAGCUUUGACCAAUAAAGGUCAGCUGACGGUGGUGGCUGGAGCUCCCAGAGCUUACUACAGUGGAGCGGUGGUUCUGCUAAAGAAAGGCUCUAAGGAUCGCAGAGACAUGCUUGAGGAGUUCACCCUCAAAGGGGAGGGCCUGGCUUCCUCCUUUGGAUAUGAUCUGACUGUGCUGGAUCUCAACGGGGAUGGCUGGGAUGACAUAGUUGUUGGAGCCCCUCAGUACUUUGAGAAGGACUCGGAAAUUGGAGGAGCUGUCUACGUUUACAUCAACAAGGCUGGAAAGUGGAACAAAGUCGAACCAAAAAGAAUAGAUGGACCUGCAGAUUCCAUGUUUGGCCUCGCCGUGGAAAAACUUGGCGAUAUCAACCAGGACGGUUACCAUGAUUUUGCAGUGGGAGCUCCUUAUGAAAACAAUGGGGCAGGAAAGGUCCACAUUUUCCAUGGAUCAGCCACAGAAGGAUUCGGAAAAAAACCCACACAGGUUUUGUCCAGGGAGUCGGGAGUGAGGCAGUUCGGCUAUUCAUUAGCAGGCAACAUGGACCUGGACAAGAACUCGUACCCAGACCUGGCUGUCGGAUCCCUCUCAGACUCUGUCUUUAUCUAUAAAACCCGACCAGUUGUUGGCAUUGAGAAGAAAAUCACUAUUACACCCCCAAAAAUUGACCUCACCAAGAAGAACUGUCCUGAAGGUGUCUGCCUGAAAGUUGAAGCAUGCUUCCGCUACACUGCUGGCGCACAGAGCUCUUCUCCCCCGCUGACGAUGAAGUACCAUUUUGAAGUGGACGCUGAGCGCAAGAAAAACAAUCUUGACCCCAGGGGGACGUUUACCGAUCUGGAAAAUCUGUCCACCGGGCUCAUUACCAUGGAUCCAAAAGAGCUGCAAAAAUGCGUCACUCGUACUCUUGUCAUGAAGGACAAUAUUAAGGACAAGCUACGCGGGAUCCCCAUCGAUGUUUCUGUGAACGUCCAGAAUGCGAAACGUAAACGAAGACAGACCCAGGACGCUCAACUUGCACCCGUCCUGGAUCCCAAAGACUCAGAACCAUUUCGAUCAAAUGUGGCAUUUUUGAAAGAUGGAUGUGGCGACGAUGACCUGUGCACAAGCAACCUGAUGCUAAAAUAUCGCUAUGUCUACAUAGAUGGAGACAACGUUCAUCCUUUAGAAAUGGAAAAUGGAGUACCAGUGAUCUCGCUAAGUGGCCGAAAAAGCGCUGCCCUGGAAGUGACAGUGACCAAUCCAAAGGGAGAAGAUGCAUAUGAAGCUUUUGUGGUUGCCAACUUCCCCAGAUCUGUGACCUAUGCUGCAUACAUGCUUAAAGCUGGACAAGUCUCCUGCAACCCAAACCUAAAUGGAUCCAAGGUUGACUGUGACGUUGGGAACCCUUUCAAACGUGACUCAGAGACAACCUUCUACAUCCUGUUCGAUAUCACCAACACGACCGAAGUGGAAAUUGAUCUCAAGUUAAAAACGACAAGUGUGCAGCUGGAUCUGAUGAAUGUGAAAGCAAAGGCCAAGGUGGCCAUCACGCUGAAGCUGUCCUUAUCAGGGCAAGUUGAACCAUCUCAGGUCUACUACAAUGGAGACUCCAAAGGAGUGACGGACGUUAAGACUGAAAGUGAGAUUGGCAGUGGCAUGAAAUACUGGUUCACUAUAAUCAACCGAGGAAAGCGACUGAAAGACAUUGGAAAGGUCACCCUUCACAUAGAGUGGCCAAAGAUGACAGAGAAAAACAAUCAUCUGCUCUACCUGAUGGCGAUCAGCUCCACAGGACUGAAGAAGAUGGAGUGCUCUCCUGAGAAGGAGAUCAACUAUCUUGGGAAGAAACCGAUUAACAGAAAAAGAAGAAGCAUUUUCAAAGGAUUCAAUGGGACACUUUCACGCUUCACUGGCGAAAAGAAGCACAAGACUUUGUCGUGUGACAGCGGAGCAAAAUGUGUGACGAUGAAGUGCCUCCUGGGUGACCUGGACUACAAGGCGACCAUCGUUCUGAGCUCUCGCCUGUGGAAUAACACUUUUGUAGAGGAAUAUUCAAGCUACAAUUAUGUGGAUGUGAUGGUGAAGGCGUCGCUUCAUGUUGACAGCUCCACAAAAAUAGCAAUGGACGAGGGUGCAGAGACCCAGGUGAGGUUUUCCGUGUUUCCAGAGAGACGUUCGGCUCGGUACGGAGGAGUGGCCUGGUGGAUCAUUUUUCUGACCAUCCUGUUCCUCCUGCUGCUGCUGGCCCUGCUGGCUUUCCUUCUUUGGAAGUGUGGAGUCUUCCAGAGAAAUAAGGAGGAUUCAUCAGACAAAGAGAAGCUGACAUCAAACGCGUGAAAAGUCAGUGGGAACAAAAAUAGCAAUGGACGAUAGCAGCUAUUUUUCAAAUGUUACCAAACACUGGAUCAGGUGGAAGAAAAAACUUUGAGAAAGCAAAAAAAAGUGUGGAUAACAACGCACGACACGAAUUCUUUAAUGUAUAUAGUCUUUUUUUUUUGUACAUCGAGAUGAAAAUUUGGAAAUAUAAUUUUGAAAAAUUAAGGUGUUGAGGAUCAGAUAUGAAACGUGGUUGUUGAGGGGUUUGAGAGGGCUUUUUAAAUUAAAUUUAGGAGAAACACUGUACUGCAUCAGAGCCAAAAGCAAUGGGUUUUCAUGUGGUGCAGAUAGCACUUAGUUUGGCAGCUGUAAAGAAAAGUUUUUAUAUUUUUAAAGGAAUUUCUUCUGCUCUCGCAAGGACUAUUUUCAAGCCAAUAAGCAUAAAGUGUAAAUACUCAUGACGAAAGCAAAAUGCAACCGUUCCCCAGCAUAGAGUUUGUACUACGAGAUCAAGCAUUUGUAUUCUCCACAUCAGUGCAGAUGACAUUUUGCCAGUUUUUAAUUUCUAGACAGAUUUGCGUAUGUGUUGCCAUACAGUAAACCUUCAUCUAAUACACAGCUGCCAGAUAUGUUGAGUUCAAAUGAAUGUUUUUUUUAUACUUUUGAAUAAAAUGUUAAUUUUC